CUCGCUCCCUCCCUCCCUCCCCGCGGGAGUUUCCCUGUCCUGCGCUCAGUGCCAGCCGGGCUGGUGGCCCCGCGCAGCCGGGAGGGCUCAGGACCUGUUCCCCGUCACCCGGGGGACUCCAGAGCUGCCAUCGCCCCUGCUCCAGAGCUGCCAUCGCCCCCGUUCCAGAGCUGCCAUCGCCCCCGUUCCAGAGCUGCCAUCGCCCCCGUUCCAGAGCUGCCAUCGCCCCUGUUCCAGAGCUGCCAUCGCCCCCGUUCCAGAGCUGCCAUCGCCCCUCGUCCCGCCCCGGGAGCGGCCGGAGCCCCGCAUCCUCCAGCCAGAGGAAGGAGGAAGCACCAAGGACAGGAAAUCAGAAUGCUGGCGCUGUCGAACAACACGGCCCUGAACCUGCUGCUCUCCAAGCUGCUCCAGGAGUGCCUGGAGCAGAGCAACAGCUCUGCAGCCCCGCAGGUGAGGAGCACCGGGGACCACCUGGAGAUCGUCUACGUGCUGCUCAUGCUGGGGCUCUUUGGCUUCUUCACCGUGGGGGUGAUGGUGACCAACCUGCGGGCGCGACGCCUCGAGGGGCCCCGUGACCCCUACAACACCUACAUCGCCUCGGACGCGUGGCACAGGAAGGACAGGGAGUACCUCCAGGCCAGGAUCAUCGAGAGCUACAAGCUCUGCUGCGUCCUGGAGAACCAGCUGGCCGUGGAGCAGCCGGGCAGGAAGAUCCCCGAGGAGAAAUGUUCCUAGGGAAAGGGGACGGGCUGUGCGUGGCACGGGGACGGUGUGAGUGGUGCUGCUGACCCUGCUGCAGAGCCACAGGCCUGGGCCAGGCUGGGGGAGCUGUGCUGGUGAGGAUGAUGGGGCUGGGAUGUCCCCGUGCUGCCCCAGUGCCUCAGCACCCACACAGCCCCCACGAGAUCUCCAGAGGCUCCCCUGGCCUCUCUCCACACCCGGCCGGGAUCGGACUCUGGGAAGGGGCUCCUGGCAUGGCUCUGGCACCCCAUGGCUGCAGGGAUUUGGGUGUUGAAGAGAUCAGGGAUGGGUCAGGAAAUCCCAGAAUCCCAGACUGGUUUGGGUUGGAGGGAGCUCAAAUCCCAUCCAGUGCCAGCCCUGCCAUGGCAGGGACACCUCCCACUGUCCCAGGCUGCUCCAGCCCCAGUGUCCAACCUGGCCUUGGAUGGAGCUACAGAAGAGCUGAAGAGAGACAAUUGCCAAGGGCUGCAGGGACAGGAGCCAGGGAAUGGCUCCCAGUGCCAGAGGGCAGGGCUGGAUGGGCUCUUGGGAAUCAGGAAUUGUUCCCUGGCAGGGUGGGCAGGCCCUGGCACAGGGUGCCCAGAGCAGCUGUGGCUGCCCCUGCAUCCCUGGCAGUGCCCAAGGCCAGGCUGGACACUGGGGCUGGAGCAGCCUGGGACAGUGGGAGGUGUCCCUGCCACGGGAAUGGGAUGAGUUUUAUCUCCCUUCCAACCCAAACCAUUCUGGGAUUCUCUGAUUCUCUACAAAGGCAAAGCUUGAUGUUCCUGGUGUGAAAUUACAGCUUAAUUAGGACCUAACUAGAACCAAACCCAGGGCAGAGGUGUUAAUUGCCAAGCAUGGCUUAGACAAUCAUUUUCCAGGAGACCAAAUUCUCCCAAGAAAGAGCAGCUGAAAGAUUUCAUUUGCAUUUUUAGAAUGCAGCUUAGAACAAUGAUUUUAUAAAUUGUACAGUGCUGUGUAACCUAUUUCUUUCAGAAACAUGCUCCUGUUUAUGAUAAAAUAUUAGGAAAAGUUUCCCAUUUUUUUUUUCUGAAAAGUAUUUCUGUGGGAGAACGCAGACUUUGGGGGAAAACUUUAGUGGCUGUGAUGGGUGUGGCACUUGGGGUCUGGGUUAAUGCUGGGUUAAGGGCUGGACUCAAAGAUCUUGGAGGGCUUUUCCAACCUCAGUGAAUCCACAAUUCUGGUUCCUAGCAGGUGUCCCCGACUUCUCUUGCUGGGACCAAUCAAUUUAAUUUCCCUCCUAAGGAUGGGGCUUGACCCUGGCAGCAAAAUCCAUGUGCAAAGAUUGAGCAGCCCACGGGGUCUGUGCCAUGGAUGUGGGUAACAUUCCCAAAUUUCAAUCCCAAUUCAUUUCUGCACAAGCCCCAAGUGCCAGCCCCUGCUUGGGAAGGGAAUUUCCACGGUGGGAAGAACAAUUCUGCAUUUUCUGCUCUUUAAUCCCACAGAGGUGAUGUGUGUGCUUAGCUCAGAUUCCAUGAGCAGCUCCUGCAGCCCCCAGGCAUUUAUCCAAGGAUCCAACACAAAAUUCAUGGCAGGAGGGUUUUCCUGCCCUUCCCUCCUCCACAGGCUGGGUCUGGAGGGACAAAUUCAGCUGCUGUGGCACCACCCAUCUCCUGCCUGUUAAAAGGAGAAAUCCAUCUCCCCUGGACAUGGUGCUCCUUAAAAUAACAGCUGUGCCACCUUGGAGCUGGUUUGGGAUGAGGGAAGCAACAGUCUGGGCAGGAGUGGGGAUUUCAUUUCUGCUCUGCAGAUACAAAUCCCAGUUUUAGCUGCUGGAGAGGAAGGAGAAGUGGGAAAGGCUGGAAAGAGGAGAAAAGCUGCUGCUCCCAAGGCAAGGCGAGGGCAGAGAGCUUGGAUAGGGAAGCAAUCCCAGCAGAGCCCUUUUCCAGGCACUUCUUUAGCACCUAAGUAACAUUCCAGCCAUGUCUGUGUUCCCUGAACACUCAGGACGCUCAAAACACAGGGUUGGAUUUUUAAAAAGAUAUUUACGUAGUGCCUACCAUUAAGCUGAGGACAAGAUCCAUGUUUUUGGUGUCUGGAGCAUCUUGGAAAAUCUCAAUUAUCACAGCCACUUUUUCCUCUAGAGGAAUGGAAACCCAAGCCCAGCUCUGGAAAAAUGUUGAUUUCUCAGUUUGGGCACUGCUCUUUUGGGGUCUCACUGUCCAGGACUUGCCCUGGGAGUGGAUCUGCAGAGCCAGGCCCCUGGACUUGGCUUAGACAUGCACCAAAAAUUGCCUUUAAUGACAUUAAACCCUUAACUUUAAUUCGUUAAAAUCUUUAAUUCAUGGAAACACUUAAUGACAUUAGAACCUUCCAUGACCUUCAACCCUUGGAAUGAAGCUUGUCCCCAGGGCUCCCUGCUGCAGCUCUCCCUCCAGCCCAGGGAUUUGCAGGGAUUUUGGGUUAUUUUAUUUCCACAGCUCCAGAAGGGUCCUUUGUGAGGAAGGUGAUGCUCAGCAUCAAUUGUAUCACAUUUUUUUUUCCUUUCGGCAGCUCUGCCUUUUCAUUUAAUUGAAAUUAAAGAAGAGGGGAGGUCUCAUAACUCAGCUUUGCUGUGCCACCCUCUCCCCUCGGUGCCUGCUGUGGAUUCCCACCGUGAGCUUGCACCUUCCAGUCUCGGAGUUCUCUUGCCCGAUUUUUCUUACCCCGGUUUUUUCACUUGUACAAAGCAAUAAAAUCUGAAUUUCGA